AUGGCCGCCAACACGCACGUGCUCCGUCCUGCCGUUAAUGCAGGAUAUAAUGAACAUCGAUGUAUUGCCAGAGACGUGCUCGGACUUUACGGCUCAAUUGUCACGCUAGGCACCUAUGUUUCCACUCAUGAGGCACCACCAUUGAUAGAUGUCACCUACAAGGCAUUGAAGCAUUGCAUCGCGCAGCAUGCAGCGCUCACUCGCACGGAUGACCAGAAUACACCUGGAUCGCACGUUCAUUUCCUGGCGGACGCUUUCUCAGACGACCAUGUCAAAGCCGCGAUCAGUCUGCUAGAGAUCGCACACAAUAGACCAUUGUUCGAAUAUGAGCAACGUCCCCAAUGGCAACUCUGGAUAGCUCCUUCUGUAUCAGGUUCUUCCGACCAGGCAGCCAAGCAUUACCAAGUAGCGUUUGCAAGCUCACAUGCCUUAGCUGGUGGCAUGUCUGGCGUAGCAUUCCAUAAGACCUUCCUCCAGGCGCUACACAAUUUGAAGGAGUUGCAGUAUGACGAAGGUAUUAUCUUCGAGCCUCCCGGUUCAGUAAUGUUACCACCGCCACAGGAAGUUGCUGGUACCCUCACGAUCUCUUGGACCUUUCUGCUCGGACCUUUGGUACGGGAGUACUGCCCAUCAUGGCUAGCCCAAACUUUGGGCGUCAGUCAAGACCUUACCGAUGCUGGUGGUGCUGCUCAUGCCUGGGCUGGUGCUUCCAGUCGACCAAAAGUGCAGGCUGAGGGUAGUAGACUGAUCAAAACAAACGUGCACGUUGUCUCUGCGCCACAGGAUGUACUUCGGAGAGUGUUGGACACAUGUCGCCAACAUGGUGCAAGAUUGACGGGACUGCUCAAUCAUCUAUUCGCACGAGCACUGGCCUCAGCUCUGCAAGCAAAGGGCCAGCACUUCACGAGGUUCAUCGCCGAAACCGCUCUCGAUCUUCGAAGGUGUCUACCAGCAGGUAAGAACCAGAUGGCCAACUACGUCUCAGCUGUCGACGAAGUCAUCAACGUAGGGUACGAUCAGCAUCCUGCCGCUGAGGGCCUCUCUGCCAAGGAUUGGAAAGACAUCUCGGAGACCAGCAAGAAGCUCGCUCAAGCAUCAAGUACUCUUGCUGAUCAGUCUGUGGCGCUCUUGAAGUACCUCAGUAACUUCCGGGAAUGGACCAGCAGAAAUGCUGAAGAGCCUGCAAAGGCAGCUUUCGGCAUGAGCAAUCUGGGCACAUUUAGUGCGCCUGCUGGCAGCGAUCCAACCUGGAAGGUCAGCAACAUGAUCUUUUCCCAGUCGGCGAAUGGCGUCGGGACACCCUUUGACGUCAACGUUGCGAGUGCUGAGAAUGGCGACCUUAUGAUUGUCAUCUCGUGGUGCCCUGGUAUGCUUGGCGUAGACGACGAACGAGCUUUUGUUGAGACCUUCUGCAACGAUGUGGUACGACACCUUGAAUUGUUGUGA